AUGGAGAGGUUCUCCAUGCUUGAUGUCGACGUCGACGUGGCGCGCAGCACGCUCCCGUCGCGCUACGGCGGCUCCUGCACCGUGCGAUCCGUGGGCGUGCAGCUUGCGCUGACGCACACGUACUUGGCCGACCUGGAGAUCUCGUUGAGGUCGCCGGGGGGUCCGACGUCCCAGCUCCUGAUGGAUCAAGUGUCUGGGAGCUCUGUGUCGCCGUCCGGGUCCGGCGCGAACAUCGACAUUCUGCUCACGGACAGCGCAACCACGUCGGUGUCGAGCCUGAACAGCAACACGGGGUCCUUCGCGCCGAGCCCGGGGUCGCUGUCGGCGUUUGCGGGUGUGUCGGCGGUGGGGACGUGGGAGGUCGUCAUCUCAGAUGUGCUAGGGGGGGACUCGGGGGAGCUGCUUGGGCUGGAUCUGAUCUUGACAUGCUUGACCGGCACCACCAGCACCGACCUCGCCCGCAUCCGCUCCGCGUGCCUGACGGUGCUGGCGGUGCCGGUGACGGGCGCGGUGGCUGAGGGGCUGUCGCGGGCGUCGUCGGCGUCGAGCGUGGGCGAGGGCGAGUACAGCUGCGAUGCGCUGUCGGCCAACCACUGCGGGGUGUACUACGGUGUGUUCUUUUUGAACAACCAGCUGCAGUUCGUGGUGGAGUGGACGCUGAGCGGGCACCGGAACAUGACGAGCUUCUUCAGCGCGUACCGCACGGGCGCCGCGUACUCGUACCGGGUGUACGACCCCGCGGCGGGGUCGGUGGUGACGUCAGGGUCGGGGGGGCGUAUGUCGCUGUCGGACAACAUGGGGUACACGGGGGGCUGUCCGGCGGCGCUGUCGGGCGACGACGGGGUGUGGAUGGCGAGCGACGCGGCGGGGCUGCUGCACGGCGACACGAGCGUGUCGGACUUCUGCACGUCGUCAAAUCGGUGCUACGGCUUUGGCAACUUCGACAGCCUUGAUAGCAGCGCGGACGAUCUGUACGAGGGCAGGACGAGCUCGAGCGGGACGGUGAAGGCGUACAUAGUGCUGAAGGAACACGGGGAGGCUACCGUGGCGACGACGGCCGCAGCUCAGACGACGCAAUCGGCUCGUGCGACGACACCGACGGCGCUGGUCACGACGGCACCCCCCACGCCGACGCCGUCCCCCACGGUGCCGCCAACGCAGAGGCCCACACUCCCCCCUGUGUUUACAAGCGCGCCCCCGACGACGACGACGCCGCCCGCCGCGACGACGCCCCCGUCGACGUGCGCCGCCGCCUCCUGCGCCAGCCCCGCCGACUCCGCCGCCGUCUUCGACGUCCUCUCCGGCUUGACCGGCACCACCAGCACCGACCUCGCGCGCAUCCGCUCCGCGUGCCUGACGGUGCUGGCGGUGCCGGUGACGGGCGCGGUGGCGGAGGGGCUGUCGCGGGCGUCGUCGGCGUCGAGCGUGGGCGAGGGCGAGUACAGCUGCGAUGCGCUGUCGGCCAACCACUGCGGGGUGUACUACGGUGUGUUCUUUUUGAACAACCAGCUGCAGUUCGUGGUGGAGUGGACGCUGAGCGGGCACCGGAACAUGACGAGCUUCUUCAGCGCGUACCGCACGGGCGCCGCGUACUCGUACAGGGUGUACGAUGCCGCGGCGGGGUCGGUGGUGACGUCAGGGUCGGGGGGGCGUAUGUCGCUGUCUGACAACAUGGGGUACGCGGGGGGGUGUCCGGCGGCGCUGUCGGGGGACGACGGGGCGUGGAUGGCGAGCGAUGCGGCGGGGCUGCUGCACGGCGACACGAGCGUGUCGGACUUCUGCACGUCGUCGAACCGGUGCUACGGCUUUGGUAAUUUCAACGACGGCGACAGCAGCGCGGACGAUCUAUACGAGGGCAGGACGAGUACGAGCGGGACGGUGAAGGCGUACAUAGUACUGAAGGUGUGCCAAUCACGCGUGCCAGGCCUGCCGCGGGCGCACAUUGUGCUAAGCACUCUCCUCCGUGACACGGAGGAGUGCGCGUGUCCAAGUGCGGAGUGCGGUGCUCUACUUGCAGUAGGUCAGCUUGCAUGGGCAGUUGUGCUCUGUCGCUGCGCACACGAGAGGCGUCUUGCGCUGGCGCAGACCACGAUCGCUUGCUGGGCGCAUCUCAUGCGGCGCUUUGUGUGCUGGUGCUUGCAGGAGCACGGGGCAGCUAGCACGGCAACGACGGCUGCUGAGAUGACGCGAGCGGCAUCCGCAACGACGCCGGUUGCGCCGACUGCGACGCCUUCGGUGCCCACAGAGACGCCGGCCCCCCCUGCUACGCUAUCCGCAACGUCGACCCCCUCGCCAACGCCCACGAGCGCGUCCACGACGACCCCGCCGGCGCCGACGUCUUCCGCGACAGCAGCGUCGGUCGAGCCGGUCAGGUCGACCUUCGCCGUCACGCCGCCCGUAACGACACCGAGCUCGAGCACAAACCAGCCUCUUUCAUAUUCGGCGAGCGGUCUUCCCCGGUUGCUGCCAGACAGAGCAGGUGACAAACCGCCGGUGACUUUCCGCGCUCCUCGGCUCCGUCGCAUCCGCGCGCACGUCGCGACCGCUUGCAGUUUCUCGCAGUGUCAUUUAAUUUUCCCUCUCAGCCACACCCGACGCUUCUUGCCCUCGCAGUGCGUGUACCCAGUAUCGUCGUGGCGCGCAGCACGCUACCGUCGAGCUACGGCGGCUCCUGCACCGUGCGAUCCGUGA